UUUUUAGUGUACCUUUCUAAAUAAUUAUUUUUAGUUUUUUUAGGAUAGUUUAGUUCAAACCAACCUAAAGAGUAAAAAUAAGAAUUGACCAUUACUUAAGUAAAGAUGCAAAAAAAAAAAAAAAGUUGGCUUAAAGCCUCUGAGCCAUGUAAAUGAAAUGCUCAUUAUUAAGCAUGAUAUCCACACUAGAUCUAUACCUAUUUGUAAAAACUUAACUAGCUUAUAGAUGUAAUUUUAAGCCUAUCUUUGAUACUAACUAAAUCUUUUGUGAAAUACAGAUGAGAGUUAUUUAACAAAUGGACAUUUAGAUACAAUUAUAGAUUGGAUACCAGGCAUGAAUGCUUUGCGUUUGAAGGACAUCCCAAGCUUCAUAAGAACCACUGACCCCAAUGAUAUUAUGGUUGAUUUUGCAAUGGGUGAAGUUGAGAGAGCUCACAAAGCUUCAGCCAUCAUAUUAAAUACAUUUGAUGCCCUGGAGCAUGAUGUUGUUGAUGCACUAUCAACCAUAUAUCCCCCAAUAUACACAAUUGGUCCUCUUCAGUUCCUCCUCCAACAAAUCCCAGAAAAUUACUUGGAAUCUAUUGGAUCAAAUCUAUGGAAAGAAGAACAUGAGUGUCUUCCAUGGUUGGACUCGAAAGAACCUAACUCUGUUGUUUAUGUCAACUUUGGCAGUGUCACUGUCAUGACACCCCAACAGCUGAUUGAGUUUGCUUGGGGACUUGCUAAUAGCAAGCAAACAUUCUUAUGGAUCAUUAGGCCUGAUUUGGUCGUUGGUGACUCGGCGAUUCUUCCACCAGAGUUUGUGACUGAGACUGAAGAAAGGGGUUUAUUGGCUAGUUGGUGUCCUCAAGAACAAGUCCUGAGUCACCCAUCAGUUGGAGGGUUCUUGACACACUGUGGAUGGAAUUCAACUCUUGAAAGUCUUUGCAUAUGUUGUGUUGGCCUUUUUUUUUUUCCAGAGCAACUGACAAACUGUUGGCUCUGUUGCAAAGAGUGGGUUAUAGGGAUGGAGAUAAACAGUGAUGUGAAAAGAGAGGAGGUUGAGAGCUUAGUUAGAGAGUUGAUGGGUGGAGGAGAGAAAGGGAAGGAGAUGAAGAGAAAGGUCAUGGAGUGGAAGAAUUUGGGUGAAGAGGCAACAGCUUGUUCUGUUGGGUCAUCUUACUUGAAUUUUGAUAAAUUGGUCAGAUCUGUGCUCAUGUCCACUGGUUCAAAUCAAAAAUUGAAAGCAAUGGAACGAUGGAGGGGCAAUGGUGGUUGGAUUCCGGUAGUGAGGCAUCGGAAUGGAGGUGGAUCAAAACGCAGUGAAUCAAGCCAUGGACUCUUUACGAUUUUCGUGGACAACCUACCUCAAUCAAUGGAUGUUAGAUCCCUGUUCAAAUUCUUCACUAAGUUUGGUAUCGUGAAGGAUGCUUAUAUACCUUUCAAAAGAAGGGUAGCGACAAACUCAAGAUUUGGGUUUGUGAGGUUCGAUUGCUCUGUUGCAGCUGAUAUUGCUAUCCAAAAAGCUAAUGGGUUGUUGGUGGAUGAUAGAGAGCUAGAAGUCAAAAAAGCUAGUCAUGAAAGGGGUUCACAGGUGGAACACAGUAAAAGGAGAUCGCAACCCAUGAGCAGAUUUUUAGGCACAGACAACAUCAGGGGCCAUUCGUCAGGUGCAGGGCAAAAAUCUUACGCAGAGGUACUAAAAGGAAACACGUCUGUGGUAGUUGGAACUGUAAGCACGACCAUGAAGGUUGAUGAAGUUGGGCAUGGUUGGCUUUAUGGGAGUGCAAUAAUCAGACUCAAGAAUGAAUAUUCCUUGCAUGACAUUAGGAAAGUUUUGAAGGAGAAAAGGGCUGGAUCAGGUGCUAGUCAGAAAGCGAGGUGGGCGUGA